GCCGUGUGUGUGUGUGCGUGGUGGUUCUUUAUGGGAAGCGGUCAGGCGGUCGCGGAACGGAUUCGAAUGAUAUAAUUCAUUUUUAUUGCCGCGGGGUGGCGAAAGAUGAAGUGACCUGUUUGAAGCUGCAUGCUGUUUCCGGGGGUCAUAGUGCAAUUCGAUUCGAAUGAACGUGUGGUGUGAUUAGUUGCCAAGUAACAAUUUUCUUGUAGACCAUGAUGUGGACUCGAAGAAUGCUUUAAAGUCGUGAUAAACUUUGCAAUUUUACUUGGGUUCUUUGGUGACGUCGUCUGGCACAUGUGUAAGAAAUCAAAUUCCAGCGGGAGAAGACCCCGCACUCGGCAUCAAUAAAGGUGUGAACGGUGCUGCGGAGACGGCCAUCAGUUCGAUCAGAGAUGCGGUACGGAAUUACUUUGAUAAACAAACAAGGGAGUACGACGACGGUGCUGGAUGUGGUGUUUGUGCGUGGGGAGUGGGCGCUUGUGUUCAACUUUAGACCGUAAUUUGGUGAUUCUUGGUUUAUGAGGAAUUCUAGUAUCAACAAUAGCGAAAGCGAAAUAAAAAAACAAAUAAACACAAUAACAACAAGUGAAGCAAAAUACGGAAGAAGGCAAUACAGUCGGUGUGGUUCCAAUUGGCUGAAGCUCGUUGACGAUUGUUGAUGGAAUGGAAAUGUCGAUUGGUGAUUGAGAUGUUGGUGGAAUAUGACACCUGUAUAGUGAAGUGAUCUACUGAAGAAGGAGAGAAAGAGAGAAAUAGUGUGCGCUGUUUUAUUUUCGUCAAUAAAACUGGAAUAACCGUCGGAGAUUCGCUCGGCUGAACAAAAGUCAUAAACUGCUACGUAUUCCUAAUGGAUGGAAAGCUAUGAACCCGCUUGAAUAGUGGUCUCCAGUUAAGAUAGUGUCGCAGUGCCAGUAGCACCCGUAGAGUAGUAAAUCAAAAGCAAAAAAUGUACCGUCCAUCGUUCCCCGUGGGGCAAUGCUGUUGAUGGACCAUUAAGAUGGCAAACCGUCUCGAAGAUAGAUGCACACUAUUGCUACCACUGAAUGCGAUCGACGACGACCAGGACGACGGUGCAGGCGGCGGAGACAACGGCGACGCCACCAGCAGCAUCUCAUCCGGAGCGACGUGGCAUCUCUCAGACUUCAGCAGUCAACUACCGCUAAGAACAAUCACAACGAAGCUAACGAAACUUUUGACAGAUCUCACGCCCUCGGGACCACCGAGCGUAAACCUAAGUACAUUGUUUCCACUGAACGGUGGAGGUUUCGUACCGAGCAACUUCGGCGUCGGCGGUAGUAAUACAAGUGGUAGUGGUAACAGUAGUAGUGGAGUAGCAGCAGUGGCGUCGGUUUUCAAUCCAGUUGACGACCAGCGGAACCGUACGGAUGGAAGAUUCCUGCUCGUCGGGGGAACAUCGGUUCCCAUCAACUGUGACGGUCGGAAUCUGGCGGAACUGGCGACGACCGCGUUCGGAAGUGCUAGUGCAAGUGACGCAGGCAGUGGGACCAUCGUGCUGGGUCCGAAAUUGGAAGUUUCGAAAACGAUGGACGUCGGGGUCGGUGGCGGUGGCGACGGUGGUGGAACACAGUUAUUGAUUGCCAACUGGCAGGACUGUGCCAUUGUGAUAUUAUUUUGCUUACUGAUCGUAGUGACUGUGAUCGGCAAUACGCUAGUGAUCUUAUCGGUGAUUACCACCCGGCGAUUGCGGACUGUGACCAACUGCUUCGUGAUGAGCCUGGCCGUGGCCGAUUGGUUGGUCGGAAUCUUCGUCAUGCCACCGGCUGUCGCGGUUCAUCUGCUUGGAUCGUGGCCGCUCGGAUGGAUACUGUGUGAUAUAUGGAUCUCAUUAGAUGUUCUACUGUGUACGGCGUCAAUCCUUAGCUUAUGUGCAAUUAGUAUAGAUAGAUAUUUGGCGGUAACACAACCGUUAAACUACUCCCGCCGGAGGCGGUCGAAGCGUCUAGCUCUCCUGAUGAUUUUGGUUGUCUGGGUGCUGGCCCUGGCCAUCACUUGUCCCCCCAUUCUCGGUUGGUACGAACCGGGCCGACGGGAACUGGACCAGUGCCGGUACAACCAAAACGAGGGCUACGUCGUCUUCUCGGCGAUGGGUUCGUUCUUCAUUCCUAUGGCCGUCAUGAUCUACGUGUACUUGCGAAUAUCCUGCGUGGUGGCAUCCCGACACGACAAGAUGACCGAAAUAGAAGUUCACAAGAAAAGUCACCGGACCCGUGAUGCUGACGAGGCGUGCUACCAUUAUGCUUCGGAGAUUGACCCGGCCCAGCUGAGCCCCAAGCGAAAGCGGUCCUCAUCGCAGCUGUCGACGGCAACCACAACCUAUGUGACCCAACUGGGCGGCGGAGGCUCGUCCAGCUUUACCGGCCUCAGUGGGGACAGUGACUGCUCGAAGAUAGUCGGCACCAGAAAGAAUCACAAGAAUGGCCAUUAUGAGCUUGUCGACAUCAAUUCCAUGUCCAAAACCACAACAUCAAUCGUCGGCAAUGGCGGCGGCGGCGGCGGAGGCGGCAGUGGUGGUGGAGGUGGGUGCCGGAAUGGUGCCGACGAAGAACGAAUGUCCCAGGGUAGCCAGCAGGUACAAUCACCGGGCGCAAAGCGCAACUCCACCAUACACUACAAGCUGGCUUCGACGACGGAGCUCUGGUCGUCGGCCAAUAACGUUUUCAAUCAACAGCAAAAACCGCAAACGGCAAAUCAAUCGGGUGGUUUGAGGCGUACCAAUACCAUUAGUAACUCAAUUAUGACGUCGACCACUACGGCCUCGGCAUCGACGGCGGCCGGACGUAAUAUGCGGAUCCAUCAGAAGUCCCUUUCGUCGCGGAUCCUGUCGAUGAAGCGCGAGAACAAAACGACCCAAACGCUCAGCAUCGUGGUCGGCGGCUUCAUCGCGUGCUGGCUGCCCUUCUUCAUCCACUACAUCCUGACGCCGUUCCUGCCGAAGGACCUGGCCGCCCCGAAGCUGGGCGAAUUUUUCACCUGGCUUGGCUGGAUCAACAGUGCCAUCAAUCCGUUCAUCUACGCAUUCUACAGCGUCGACUUCCGGGCGGCCUUCUGGCGCCUCACGUUGCGACGGUUUUUCCGCAAUAGCGAAAAGGCACCCUUCGCCAACAUCCACAACAUGUCCAUGCGGAGAUAAGCUCCGCCACCCAACCCAUCAUCAUCAGUGAGUGCAACAAAUCAUCCGACACUUGGAUUGGGGGAGGGGGGAUGGUUUUAUACAAAAGUUGCAAUUGCUGCGUGUGGUCACGGACGUGGUUUCGCGACUUUCGGGACGUCAACACAUCAUCGGAUUAUGUACGGUUAUUAUAAGUUAUACGUAUGAUAGGAGCAGGAUGCACGGCUGAUUCGGUUUCAUCCUGUUUGUAGCCAACUUGCGGCGUCACGUUUGGAACAUAAAGCUUGAAACAUUUUUUUUUUUGCUGUCGUGCUUUUGGAAUGGGAUCAAUCUGGUAAAGAAAUGAUUUAUUCUUUUGCAUUUAUUGUGAAUACAUUUUGUCAACCUGAAUAAAGGGUGAAACG